AUGGCUGCUUCUGGCGUUCCGAGAGACAAAAUCGUGGUCGCCACUAAGGCGUUAUGUCCUCCUUGUAUGGCCGAUGGUGGAUUGACCCUCUCACCCUCUCCCCUUCCCCUCUUCCCUUCCUCUUUCUUCAUCAUUCCCCCCCCCUCUCCCUUCGUCUUCCUCCCCUCCCCCUCUCCUUCCUCCUCCCCUCCCCCUCUCCUUCCUCCCUCCUCCCCUCCCCCUCUCCUUCCUCCUCCCCUCCCCCUCUCCUUCCUCCCUCCUCCCCUCCCCCUCUCCUUCCUCCCUCCUCCCCUCCCACUCUCCUUCCUCCCUCCUCCCCUCCCCCUCUCCUUCCUCCCUCCUCCCCUCCCCCUCUCCUUCCUCCCUCCUCCCCUCCCCCUCUCCUUCCUCCCUCCUCCCCUCCCCCUCUCCUUCCUCCCUCCUCCCCUCCCCCUCUCCUUCCUCCCUCCUCCCCUCCCCCUCUCCUUCCUCCCUCCUCCCCUCCCCCUCUCCUUCCUCCCUCCUCCCCUCCCCCUCUCCUUCCUCCCUCCUCCCCUCCCCCUCUCCUUCCUCCCUCCUCCCCUCCCCCUCUCCGUCCUCCUCCCCUCCCCCUCUCCUUCCUCCUCCUCUCCCCCUCUCCUUCCUCCCUCCUCCCCUCCCUCUUUCCUCUCUCCUCUCUCUCUCCCCCUUCCGCCUCUUCCCCCCCUUUCAGGGCUCUCCCAGGUGACAGGCCCAUCAGCUCAGAUGACGUGGAUUAGAGGGGGCCCUGCUUCUCUCGACCCCGUUAAUAUCACAUCCGCCAUAGACACCAGUCUCCAGCGCCUGCAGUGUGACUAUAUCGACCUGCUACAGCUGCACUGGCCGGAUCGCUACGUGCCCAUGUUUGGCGACUGGGAGUUUGACCCGCGGUGUGACUAUAGCGAGUACAGCCCGUUUGAAGCACAGCUGGAGGCGCUGGGAAGGGCAGUGGAAGCAGGUGGGUCCGAGUGUUUAGGGAAUGAAGCAGGGAUUCCAGUUUUGUUUUGUUCGGGAAAUUUGUCUGCAUUAUGUGAUCUCCCAUCAGCAGACGCUGCCGCAUCAGCAGACGCUGCCACAUCACCCGACGCUGCCACGUCAGCAAACGCUUCCACGUCAGCGGAUGCUGCUACAUCAGCAUCAAUCGACACAGCACGUCUCCUGGCCCAAUCCCUGGAUCUCCACCAAGGCACCGAUUCAACAACCAGCAGCAACGGAAUCUUCCAGGAUCCUUCCUGGCGCUUAGUUAAGUACCGGAACCGGUACGCCGAGGCAGAGGGCAGGUACCCGAUCGGCACCCCCCGGGUGGCGACAGCUGUCAGGGCGUACGCUGACGUGGCGAGGCGGUUCCACGUGUCGCCGGUACAGCUGGCGCUGGCAUUUGUGCUGGCGCAUCCUUUUGUGGGGGCUGCAGUUGUGGGGGCAUCGUCUUUGGAGCAGCUAGAGGAGAUUCUAUCGGUUGUGGGAGAAGGGGGAGGAAGAGGGGGAAUGAAAGGGAAUGGAAGGGGAGAGGGGAUAGAGUUCACAGAGGAGAUGAGAGCAGCUAUUGACGCUGUUCAUGGUGUGCUUCCGAACCCCACUCCGUGA